AUGCAGUUGGCAGCAAAGGCAUACCCGUCUUUUGCUGCCUUCUUCAACCGACAGUUGAAAAAGGAGGUCCGACCAAUUAGUGCUAGUUCCUUNGUAUCCCCAGCGGACGGAGUAGUGUUGCAUUAUGGAAAGGUAGAAGAUGGAAAAAUUGAAUAUGUGAAAGGCCAUGACUACGAAGUCGCUUCGUUCCUUGGAGAUGUCGAAAUGACACAGAGGGAUGAACUCGCCCUCUACCAAGUGGUCAUCUACCUGGCUCCGGGUAACUAUCACGCGUUUCAUUCUCCUGCACGAUGGGUAGCGAAAAUGUGUCGUCAUGUACCGGGUCUGCUACUUUCCGUCCGUCCAUCACUCCUUAGUCAUGUACCCCAUCUUUUCUGCUUAAAUGAACGUGUAGUGUUGAAUGGCACAUGGAAGCAUGGUUUUUUCUCGCUCUCGGCCGUCGCAGCAACGAAUGUCGGCGAUAUUGUCAUCGACGCGGAGCCAUCAUUGCGAACGAAUUUGGUCCGACGGAAGAAAGAUAAGAUGCUUCAUACAGAGGUGGAUAUGCACAGCGCUUAUCUUCCAGGAGAUCGAGUCGGUGAAUUCCGUUUAGGAUCCACUGUCGUGCUGGUAUUCCAAGCCCCGCCCACAAUCCGAUUCGCCAUCAAAGCCGGUGAUCCGUUACGUUACGGUCAAAGUCUAGUCGUUGACGGUGUUUAA